AUGCCAGUCACGGAAGAAGACGAAGAUCAACUGCCUGAGGAGGAACUGCAAGCCAUCAAGGCAGUUGCAAAAGCAGAGCAGGACGGAGACGAUGAGAAUGAUCACAAUAAUGGACACGAUGAUGAUCAUGACCAUCAUCACCGUUCCGACGAGUUUCAUUUCUACUUGAGACCAAGGCAACGCCAAAAGUGGGGAGAAUCCCAAGUAUUGCCACACACCAACUUCAAUGAUUUGUUCUUUGACCUGUUUUAUGUGGCGGCUGCCUACAAUUUGGGCUCCCUCAUUCGAGCUUCUCCCACUUCCUUGGGUGUUCUGUACUUUUUGGGUUGCUUUUAUCCCAUCAUGAUGAUUUGGUUCCAAAAGACUUUUUACGAUUCCCGCUUUGAUGCGGGAAGUGACUUGUACCACAAAGUCUACGAAUUUUUUUUGUUGGUGGUCUUGGCCACGGCAGUCUUGUACAUUCGGCCCGUGUCGUAUUUGAGUACGCCCGCUACAAAUGAAGACAUGUUUGUGUUUAGUGUCUGCAUUUCCAUUUCGUCUCUUCUCGCCAUGGGACGAAGCGUGGAUGUCAUUCGCAAUGUGGAUGGAGAACCUGCUGCCAAGCGACAAGGAAAGACUGAAAUCAAGAUAUUUGCAAGCAUGUUUGUGUUUUAUCUGGCAGCGACCGUUUUGAGUGCCAUUGAUUAUUUUGGUGCUAAUGACUACUAUGCCAGCGGUUUUUUUCACCCUGACACCAACAGCACAAAUGGUGACAUGACGACCAACAGCACAGAAGGAACACGCCGAUUCCUGGCUAGUGGUGGUGACUAUGGGGAUGCAAACCAUCUCCCUGUAAUUCUACUAUUGGUGGGUGCCAAUAUGUACACUCUUGGGAUUAUAUUUUUGACCUUUCGAAGCGAAUUUGACAAGAACUUUGAUCCCAAACUAUCGGCUGUCCCAAUGAACAUUGGAUUCUUCAUUCAUCGCUAUGGAGAAUGGAUCAUGCUCAUGUUGGGAGAAUCUAUUUUGUCCUUGUUGAUUGUCCCUACCCAACAAGGAGAUUACUACAAGGCAUUUUUUUGCGGUAUUUUGUCCAUUACCAUUUUGGAGGUCCUCCAUUUUCAAUCCCAACCGCACGAGGCGGAUGGUCAUGCGCUGCGUCGGAGUCGAAGGGGCGGUGUCAUCUUUAUCCUUUUUGGACAAUUGUAUUCGGCCGCUUUGAUUGUCCUUGGGACAUCCUACAAGAUGAUCUUGUUUGAAUUUGUCUUUGCGCAAGAUGCUGGAGAGGCUCGUCGAUUGCUCCAAGAUGCGGGGUAUUCCGCACAGGAGAUUGCCCAAGACGCUGAGCUCCACCGUUACCUCGCUGCCAGUGGGCCUCCCAUUGACGAUGCGGAAGUGCGUCAACAGCAUGUGGCCCAUUACUUUUGCAUCAGCAUGGCUCUGGUUUGGUUGUGCCUCGAUGUCAUGUUGGUGGCACACAAGGGAAUUGCAUUCAACAUGAAGAGAUGUUCCGAAAGCCGGGGUAACAACUACCAACAAUCAUUGGCCAUUGGAAUGACAGUCAUUCGAGGGUCUUUGAUUCUAUUCUUUGGCACCAUGGGAUUCUACAUUACCGAACCAACGUUGUUGUCCUUUUUGGGUCUCAUGGGGAUCAUUGUGCAAGUCGGACUCCGAUUGGGUGGAUCCGCAGCCUUUGACGACUCGGAUUUUUCAAAUGUUCCCACAUGUCCCUAUAAUAUCAAUGGUCCCAAGGCGCUCUCCUGUCAAGUGAGUUUGCGUUUGCAGAAAAUUACGGGCAAGAAGCUGCCGGGAAAGUUUGGUGCUUGUAAUGCUGGUGGGGAAACAGCGCCGUAA